GGCCGGCCAGCCGAAGGAGGGCGCCCUCUUCAAGAGUCUUGUUUCUCCGCUCCGGCAGCUCUACACCACCGCGAUUCGUCGUCCUCCAUUUGCGGCGGCGAUGGCGCUCUCCUCCUCCCGGCCGCACCAACUCCUGCGCCCGCUGCUCCGCGGGUUCCACGCCUCCGCGCUGGCCCUGGCGCGGCCGGAGCCGCACGAGUUCUCCAAGCCUAGCGGCUACCUGGGCAGCUGGGAGCCCGCGGGGGAGCCCCGGGAGGCGUGGGCGCAGCUGGACCGGCUGCGGAAGGGCUACGCGCGCGACGUGCGGCAGCUGCGGCGGGAGUACGCAUACGAGGUGCAGCUGAUGGAGGCCGAGCGGCAGCGGAAGGCCGAGGCGCGCGCCGAGGCCGCCCGCGUGGCCAACGAGGAGCGCAAGGCAGCCAAGGCCGCCGCCGCGCAGACGCGCGCGGCUGAGCGGCGCGCGUUCGAGGAGGACUUCCGCCAGGCCCUUAUGAAAGAAAGAGCUGAGAAGCUGGAGAGCUGGAGGAACAAGGAGAAGCUCCGAGAGCAGAAGAAGGCAGAGCAGAAGGAGCUCCUGCGCAAGAAGAGCAGUGUGUGGCUGGCUGAAGAUAAACUUGAAGAUCAAAUACUCGAUGCUAUCAAGAAUACCACUCCUCUAUAAGGUUGAUUUUGUGAGGAAACCAAUGGUAGCAUGUGAAUCAGGAGGGACAUCACAAAGAUGUAUCUAUCAUUCCCUCUGAGGACUAGUUUAUAUUCAGCAAUAAGAUUAUAAGAAUCAGUUUAGGUGUGAGAUGUAAUGUCAUCUGUUUCUUAGUUAGACUGGAUCACAUCAAGCUGCAUGGAGAGAUGGCUUUCCUCAAUCCUUCACCGGACAGAAAUGCUUUAGCUGGGUGCACUCAGAACUGCUAUUGCCCAGUUGCUGCCCUCCUUUUCCCCCCUGUGGAUUAGGGAUAAUGAUUCGCUAUUUGUUCUCGUUUGCAUAAACUCUUGGCACGAUCUGGAAGAAAAGGACGUUGGGGUCGAGUCAUAUGAUUUCCCUUUGGCAAUAUUUUCUUGUUAGUUCCAUGAAGGGCUAUCGUCCAUACUGUUAAUGAUUCCCUUCUUUUUAA